UUGAAAACGGAAAUGUUGGUAUGUUACCAGCAUACCUUAUCUCCGUCUUACAAACACAUAAUAUAGCAAUUUGUACGUUCUGAAUAAUUAAUAUAACUCUGUUGUGUUUACAUUUAGUGUAUUGACUAAUUAUAAAAUUUAUAAUUAAGUAUAUUAUCUAGUCGAUGGCGUAAGUUUUUAUACUUCAAUUUGAAAGCAAGUUAUGAGUAUUUUAAAACAGUUAAUUGUUUGUACAUUUUAAAAUGCUCAUGAUUCACUUUAAAUUUGAAUCGUUAAUGUGUUGUGCAUUAGUCAAGACGUCAAGACGGAGAUAACAUAGUAUGUUACAUACAUACUACCUACGUUUUAAUAUUAAGUUUUGUUGCGAGACGCGAAUUAUGACUUAAAGUUCUAGGAGGUUCUAUAGUGUAGUGUGGACAUCUGCGCUUUUACUACCUCAACGUAAAUAUCGACAGCGAUGGUACGACACUUAUGUGUUACUAUAUGUAAUAUUUGACAAGUAUUGCAAUUUUUAAAUUUUUAUUCGUUUCGCUUCGAACUUCUGACUGACGGUUGAACACUGGCCCCACCUGUUAGGCCCCACCUGUUUAAACAGUGACUAUAGGUACUAACUAACGACAAAAAAGGUACCUACGUAUAUUUUAUCAGUAUUAGUCGUAAUAUGUACGAGAAUGGGAAACAUCGUCGUAGUUUGACGUUGUUAUUAAUUGUUUCUCACUCACUCUAUCGUAAACAAUAAAUAUACAUACACAAUGUCGACAAUAUUAUGCUAUUAUAAUUAUUAUAUAUUAUAUUAUACAGGGUAGGUAUAAAUUGGAAGCUCUGCAACCGUGAAGAAAUAUUUAUUUAUUUUUUAUUAGGAAUAACAGCUUCAACAGCUAGGUCAUUGGCCUGUAAUUGUGUUAACAUUAUUAUUAAUUUUUUUUGAUUUAGUUAUAAUUCGGGAUAAGUAGUUUUUACAGUUUUAUAUAUAUAUAUACAUUUUUUGUGUGUUGUUUGUUGUAUAGUUUCAUCUUAAUAUUGAAUUUUUGUGUCGAUGCCGAUGGAUUUGAAGAAGCUAUAUUAUAUGGAUCAAGUGUGUGUUGUGUUCUCCUAGUGCUCCCUCCGUCGAGGUAAAAUAUUAUAAUAUGUGACUGUGUGAGUGACGCGAGUAAUUAUUAUAUUAUACAGGUACAUAUUAUUAUUUAUUAUACACGUGUCGUGAAUGACAACAACAAUUAUAACAAUAUAAGUAUAAUAACCUACCUACUAGGUAUGACACGUUGUGGUUACAAUUUUUUAUGAUAGUUAUUGGUGGUAGUUUUAUUUUGUAAGUACUAUAUUAUAUUAUAAUAUAGGUAGUAUAAUAUCAAAUAAUAAUAUUAUUAUUGUGUUGUUGACAAUUUGACAUUUGUGGCACUGAAAUGCGCGUCAAUUACGGGGAAAAAAAUUGUCAUAGGUAUGUUCUAUAUUUUUUUCCGAAUACCUGUCACCUGAUUAUCGCGAAUGCCGGCUGUAUCGCCAACUCGUUGAGUGCAGUUUGCCAGUUGCCGACUGCCGAGUACCUUGUAAUAGUUAGUUUCCUGUGAAGUGUCGAAUAAUAGUCGUGGACUAUGGUACGGGUAAUAAUAAUUGUUUUCGUCGAUAUAAUCUGUCGUUUGGUGAAUCAUAUCGGAAUAUUCGUAUCGCAUUAAUUAUUGUGCCUAUUAUCUAUAAAACUGAAACUAUUGUAACUGUUAUACUUAUCAAAUUGUAUAGGUACCUACACGGCUACGCGUGGUUUGAAUCGUAUUUUAACAACCAUCAGCUAUAUAACACUGCACCGGUCGAUAAAUAAUAAUCCGAUUGAGCACACGCUUAUACAUAAAUAUUUACUCGUCUCAGUUUCAGUUUGUACAUCGCUUGCACAAAAUCAUAUUAUUGUAAUGCAUGACAAAUUAUCUAAAACAAACACACACUUUUUUAAUUUUUUUUCCCACGCAUGAUCAUAACACUAAUAAUAAUAAUAAUAUAUUUUUUGUUAUUUCGGAAAAAUAGCGAAUAGUAUUAUAUAAGUUAUAAUUAUUGUUAUUUCUGCGUUUUGACCGUCGCCAAAAAUAGGAAUUCAUCGUCAGUUCAGAGCUGAAAAUAAUCUCAAAUUCUCAUCGCAAUAUGUAUCAGAGGUUUAUUGACGAUCCUUCUGCCGGUCCAUCGUCUACAGUAGCUAUGACCCCAGGCGAAUUAGAACCAUCAUCUCUUAAGUCGACUACAUCAAAAUCAUCGUGUGAAAAUAGGACAUCAGCGCAUAACUUUUUACAUGCGAAAAAAACGUCUGGCCGUAAAUAUACAGUUUCUAUUGUUCUCAUAUGUAUUUGGCUUUUUUGUACUAUAGUUCUUAUGGCAAAACAAGAAAGAAAAGUAGAUGAUGUCCAUCAAGUAACAUUAGCUCCAAAUGAAACUAAAACUCAGAUAAUAUACAAAAACCAUAUGCCUAACACAAAUAAAAUACAAUUGAUAUUGGCUGGAGCAUUUAUGCCUGAUUAUUAUAGUACUUUGGCAACACAUUUUUUUAACAUUUGGAUAGAGUUUGAUCCAACUGAAGAAUAUGAUAUGCCUUCAAAAUUAGGAUUGAAGUAUGAAGACAUGCAUCAAAGGAAUAUAACUCAAAUAUGGUCCAUACCAAUUGUGAGUGAAUCACUUGUUGAAGUUGUUCCUGAAAUGCAUCAUAAUAAAAUUUUUAAAUUGUUUUCAAAUGUUACUCUCCAUGGUGAUACUAGACUUUGUAUGAAUACUACAUUGAGCACUAAUUUUCCUAUUUCAUUCACUUAUGAUUUGUUUCCAAUCAACACAGAAUAUGGUAUAAUUUAUGCUGCUCUUGUAUUGAUUGGACUUUAUAUACUAAUUAUAACUGAGGUUAUCCACAAAUCGAUUGCAGCAAUAUUAGCAGCCACUACGUCCAUUUCCAUACUUGCACUUUUAGACGAGAGACCAACAAAAGAUGAACUGUCUUCUUGGGUGGAUAUCGAAACGUUGCUUCUUCUUUUCUGUAUGAUGGUUAUUGUUGGUAUUUUAUCCGAAACAGGAAUUUUUGACUACUUGGCAAUCGUAGCAUACAAAGAAACCAAAGGUAAAAUUUGGCCAUUAAUCAAUACAUUGUGCUUCUUUACUGCUAUUGUAUCUUCUAUAUUGGAUAAUGUUACCACCGUUCUUCUAAUGACACCUAUAACCAUAAGGUUAUGUGAAGUAAUGCAAAUGAAUCCAGUACCCACACUUAUGUGUAUAAUAUUUUAUGCAAACUUAGGAGGGGCUUUAACAUUAAUUGGUGAUCCACCAAAUGUGAUAAUUGGAACGAAUAAAGAUGUUAUUGCAAGUGGAAUCGAUUUUACAACGUUUUCAUUACAUAUGGGUGGUGGUUUGGUAUUCAUAUUUAUAGCUGUAAAUUUACAUUUAAGAUUUAUUUUCCGUAAUAUGCAAGAUUUAAAAUUUACUGAACCAUCUAAUGUUACAGAAUUAAGACAAGAAUUGGCAAUUUGGCAAAAAGCGGCAUCUUCUUUGUCUUCAUACUCAAAAGAAGAAGGGGUUGUGAGAGAUAAACUUCUAAGGAAAUGUAAAACUAUAUUUUCAAAGCUUAAAGAUACUCUGAAAGGUUUCAAGGUUGAUGUCUUACCUACAGAAAGACUUCAAUCAUAUGAUGAAUCCAUCAAGGAUUUUUUGAAUAAGGAUAGUCAUUUAGAUAAAAGUCUUUUAUGGAAAUGUGCUAUUACAUUAGGAUUUGUUAUUACUCUAUUCUGCCUGCAUUCCUUCCCUCAACUAAAUCUUAGCCUUGGGUGGAUUGCUUUACUUGGAACAUUACUCUUACUUAUACUUGCUGAUCAUGUUGAUAUCGAAUGCGUAUUGGGCCGAAUUGAAUGGGCCACAUUGUCAUUCUUCGCUGCACUGUUUAUUUUAAUUGGAGCACUAUCUGAGCUAGGUUUGAUUGAAUGGGUAGGUAAACAGACAGAAGUGAUAAUUAUGUCUGUAGCGAAAGAGUACCGACUGUCCGUUGCUAUAAUUUUAAUUCUAUGGGUUUCUACCAUUGUCUCCUCAUUUGUUGACAAUAUUCCACUGACUACUAUGAUGAUAAAGGUGAUAACAUCGUUGUCUCAAAACCCUGAGCUAGAAUUACCAUUACCGCCUUUGGUAUAUGCAUUAGCAUUUGGUGGUUGUCUUGGUGGAAAUGGAACACUGAUAGCUGCUUCAUGUAAUAUGGUAUGUGCUGGAGUAGCUGAACAACAUGGAUACCGAAUGUCCUUUGUGCAGUUCUUCAAAGUUGGAUACCCAGUGAUGUUAGGUAGCGUAGUUAUAGCUACAGUGUAUUUACUUGUUACUCAUGUGACAUUUGGAUGGAAUACAUGAAUACAUAAUGCUGUUUGUUUCGUCAUCAGAAUUUCAAAAAAUUUGUUCCUGCAAAAAUACCUAACUGACAAAAAGAGAAAUUUAUUUAUUUUCUAUACUUAAGUUCGAAUUUAAAUUAAAUUUUUUUUUCUUAUUUAAGUAGUAUUAAAUAUAUUUAUAAUAAUUUAUUUCACUAAAAAACCCUAUUUUUUGAAUUUUAUGUUAUUUAGUAUUAUUAAGUAUAUAAGUUAUGUAUUUUAACUAUAGAAUAUAUUUGUCUUUUUAUUUAUAUUCAGAUAAGUGAUAAGUUCAUUGUUGCCAUAGAUUAUAUUUCGAUAUUUUUUUGUUAGGAUAUACUUAUGAUACUUAAUACUAACUAUAGUACCUAAUGGAUUUUAUAUAUGCAAGUGGUAUACAAUAUAAAGUUAUUUUGUUAAUAUUAUAUAUUUUUCUAAAUAAUAAAU